AUGAUGCUGACUACAUAUGUAAAUGGAAUCAAGAAAGAUAUUGUUGUUGCUGUCCAGAAAAAUGGCUAUGCUUGGGCUUUAGAUCGCGACAAUGGCAAUAUCACUUGGUUUACAGAAGCUGGGCCUGGUGGGCUAGCAGGGGGUGGACAUUGGGGUGCAGCAACUGAUGAAAAGAGGGUGUACACCAACAUUGCAAAUUCUAUGGCCCUAAAUUUCACUCUUUUGCCAUCAAAUAAGAAUACAACCGCUGGUGGGUGGGUGGGAAUGGAUAGCUCAAGUGGGAGAGUUUUAUGGUCAACAGCUAACCCAAGAAACAGCACAGCCAAUGGCCCAGUUAGUGUUGCAAACGAUGUUGUCUUUGCUGGAUCCACAGAUAGCAAUGGAUUCAUCUUUGCAAUGAAUGCCAAAAAUGGAAAAAUUUUAUGGUCCUAUAAAACUGGAGCAAGUGUCUAUGGAGGCAUGUCAGUUAAAAAUGGGUGCAUGUAUGUGGGUAAUGGUUACAAUGUAAGCCUUGGGGCACUCUUGAACAUGACUGGUGGACUCUUCCUCUUUGCGUUCUGUGUUUAA